UAGAAACCAGAGAAGCCGCGCGUGCGCACGAUGGGGAGCCGGGUGCCAGCCAAUCGCGGUCGCGGCAGUUGACGCGGCCUGGGCGGAUCCUUGCAGAACCCUGAGGGCUAGCUCUGGACUCUGGCUUUGCACACAGAGAAUCCGAAUUCGAUCCCCAACUCACAAACGCCAGUAAUUCUAGUUCCAGGAAUCCGCAGACACAAGGCACGACGCUCGGAGGGUGAGCAACAGUGUUGGUUGGAAACCAGGUACAAGCCCUUAACUUUCUUGGCCCUGGGUCCUCUAUGAGAGAGCUUCACUAAAGAAUCCUAGGAUCUCAGCAGAAUCGCCUAUCCAGCCAUCCAGAGGUCUUGCAGCUGCUGAUAUGGGAGCAUCUUUCUGGGCACUAAUAUGUCCUGUGCCUUGAAGGGAGAAAGAAGUGCCAGUGUCUCCUCAUUGAGUCAGGGAUGCCUCUCUUUGGGAGCAUAUUCAGCCCGAAGAAGACUCCUCCUCGGAAGUCGGCCUCUCUCUCUAACCUGCACUCUUUAGAUCGGUCAACGCGAGAACUGGAGCUGGGUCUUGACUAUGGAACUCCUACCAUGAACCUGGCGGGGCAAAGCCUGAAGUUUGAAAAUGGCCAGUGGGUGGCAGACUCAGUGAUUAGUGGGGGUGUGGACCGGAGGGAAACUCAGCGCCUGCGCAAACGAAACCAGCAGUUGGAAGAAGAGAACAAUCUCCUGCGGCUGAAGGUGGACAUCCUGCUGGACAUGCUUUCAGAAACCACUGCUGAGUCCCACUUAAAGGACAAGGAACUGGAUGAACUGAAGAUUACCAACCGCAGGAGGAAGUGAAGAACCUGGGAACAUUCGCUAGAUUAGAAAGAGCCACUGGCCAGGAGAGGAGGAUGUGGCAGAGCCCUUUGAUUUUUAGUCAGAUCAGUAGACUUGCCCUGGGAGAGAGCACUAACAGGCCCUGGCUCCCUUGGACAGGGGAUAGGGAGGAGACAUGGGAUGGAAGAACCCAACGGGCCAGGGCCAGGGCCAUAGCCAAGGAGGCAUCCCAGAUACACCCAGGGCGUCAAUCUAAAGCAUACCCCAGGGAGGUCUAGAAUAGGAGCCUUUGGUGGCUUGUCAGUAGGUGACCAUAUCUAACUAUCCAUGUCUCAGAAUCACCGUGUUCAGACAGCUGGCUGCUUACCUCUUGACCCUGGUGCCCAGGGUUUGGCGCUCCUUCCAGAGAGCACCUCAUGUGAGGGUGUACAGGAAGUGGCUCUGGGUUGUCUGCACCCCAGCCCCCAAACCCCCAGCCAUAAUCUCUCUGCCUUUAAAGAGCCCAUAUCCCCAAGUUCACGGCCUCUUCUGGCAUCAGCUUCCCAGCAGCAAGCUCCAACCUUCCACAGCACAUUGUAAUUUACUCUAUUUUUAUUAAACGGUGUUCAAUAAACGCUGUGUAGCAAAAAUAGAUCAACAACAACUAAAAAAAGUGUAGUUUCCUCCGGAAGUAAUCAGAGCCUGGGUUCUAAGUUUGUGUGGCUCCACCAAAAGACAGGAUUUUUAGAAUUGGGAAAACGGCACCCUGAAGGGGGAACCACCCUGGAAGAGAAAUAAUGACUUCGUAUUCAAA